AUGCGUCCAAUGCUCUCCACACUCUUGUCUUCUUCAUUACCAUCACCCACUGUACCUACAGUGUCAUCACGUUUACCACGUUUGAACUCUUUUGUCGUACUUACGACGAAACCAUCCAGUCAUUGUCUCGCUCGUCGUUGCGAUAGCAUCACAAGUUCGUGCUCGACAGUCAGUACUAAUAGCAGUGAUGAUGAAUCAGACGUUUCUGAUCGUGAGGGAGAUGACUGUUGUAUUGUUUACGAAUCAUAUGCUGCCGUGACAAAGCGUAGUAAUACGAAAGUAACAGGAUCGAUUCAAUGGAGUGAUCUACAAGUUGCUCACAAGUCAAAGGAAGUUAGUAUCCUCUUGGCUGCCUUGCGACUUAAACGUCAUCAUCUACGCAAUGGUGAGACACUGGAGCUAACGGCUUUGGAAUUGUGCUUUGAGUUCUUAACACUUGAAGAGUUACAGAAUGCUGGACAAGUCUGUAGAGCUUUUCAUGAGGUUGUAAUGUCUUCCAAGACAUUACUAACAGACUUGUACAGUCGCCAAUGGCGAAUCAAGAUGCUACCCAAGACAUACAUGAAUCUCUCGUAUACGUCUCAGCUUCUCUUGUGUGCAGCACGUCGUGCAGAUGCGACCUAUGAACUGUCGACACGUAGUACCGUGACUUAUUUGUCCAAUGGCAAGUAUCACGUUGUAAAUUAUUCCAUGUUGCGGAAUUUUGAGAAAGGAACAAUUGAUUCAAUACGUGGCGUCCAGAAGCUACCAGUGUUGUCCUGUGCACGUGCGUUGCACAAAAUGAUAUCAUACUAUGAAGUGAGCCUUAAAGGUUGUGGUAGUGUUGGUCUUGCAUCGAUCUCCGAUGCGAUGACCCGUAACGCUUAUGGUUUUGGUUCUGGAGAGCACGUGGGUUGGAAAGGUGUGUCCUAUGGCUACCAUGGUAAUGACGGCGACUUUGUAUUCAAUGAUGGGACCAAGCCGUAUGGUGGAGAAUGGGCCGCUUUUGGUCCAUCGUGGGGACGAGCAGGAGCUCAAUAUGGUAACAAGGACAAGAACGAGUCAGUAAUGUUCACAGUUGGCUGCGGCCUGGAUGCUGACACGUAUCAGGUAUUCUUUACUUUGAAUGGAAAGAUGAUUGGAAUGGCACCAAAAAUGGUGUUGCGUGGUGACUACGCUGCUGCAAUAUCGCUUCAUGCCUUUGGCGACGAAGCUGUGAUCAAUACUGGUGCAUCUCCUUUCCUCUUUGAUAUCGAGGCUUUCUGUGCAAGUCCUUAG